AGGAGACCGGAGCGAGAAGGCGCGGCCCCAGCGCCGGCCCAGCGCGCUCACCAUGGAGAUGCAUUUCAUCUUCUCAGAUAAGGUGGUGCUUCUGUUUGAUUUCUGGAGUGUCCACAGUCCUGCAGGCAUGGCCUUGUCGGUGUUGGUGGUCCUGCUCCUGGCUGUGUUGUAUGAAAGCAUCAAGGUUGGCAAAGCCAGGCUGCUCCACCAGGCUCUGGUGAGCCUGUCCAUCCCCACCAGCCAGCAGCUCAUCGAAGAGACAGACCAGGAUUCUUCAGGCUCAGACUCAACACCAGUCGGCAAAACCCGCCUCAGGUGGCUUUUGUGUCACUUUGGCCAGUCUCUAAUCCACGUCGCUCAGGUGGUCAUUGGCUACUUCAUGAUGCUGGCCGUCAUGUCCUACAACACCUGGAUUUUCUUCGGCGUGGUCCUGGGCUCAGCUGUGGGCUACUACCUAGCCUACCCCCUUUUCAGCAUGAUUUAGCUGUGAGGGCUGUGCAGGCACCGGGCGCUGGAGACAGCUGGGGCCCCCUCUUCCAGACGUUGAACUUCCAGCCCCACGUCUCCGUUUUCUUCUGAUGGCUGUUCCUCAUCCCGCUCCCAGCUUCUGGAAACUUGCAGCUGACGCCAGCACUUGCUCCCUGGAGUUCAGAGGCCAUUGUAGCUACCUCUCUUCUCAGCCAGCCAGCCCAGGCCUAGUCUGUUGUGCCUUAAGAAGGCUGCUGCGACCAGAGGGAGAAUGGAGAGAACAGAACCUGGAGGCAGGGUUGCUGAGCCCGUGAUGACUUAUCUUUGUGACUCAAAACUUGAGAAUUU